GAGCCAGCGUAGUAAUCCGUUCUGGUCAAUCGAAGAAAGUGGAGGAGGAGAAAUGGCGUCGAAUGCAGCGGCACCCUUUUGGAGAGCGGCGGGGAUGACUUACAUAACAUACUCGAAUCUGUGUGCCAACCUGGUCAGGAACUGCCUUAAGGAACCCUACAAGACCGAAGCCUUGAAUCGGGAAAAGGUCCACUACUCCAUCUCCAAAUGGGUCGAUGGCAAGCCUCAGAAACCCACCAUCCGCUCAGACACUCCGGAAGAUUGAAAAUAAGGUUGAAUAUCAGGCAUUGUUUCUUCUUUUGAGUGAAUUUUGUACUGCCUUGGCACUGUACAGAGUGCUCAUCUGCUGGAGGUUGAAUUUAGGACAUUUUACUUUCAAUAAUAUGGCCAAUAGACUUUGAUCUUUUCUGUUGGAUGGAAAUGAGAUAAUCUUUCUUGUGUUUAUGUUGAAUCUUCUAUUUUUUUGAAAUUCAAGUGAAUUAAUAAUCA